AUUGCUUAUGUCCCUAAUUAGGGAUCUCGUGAUAAGUAAAGUUAUACAUGGUUAGCAUGUAAAACAUUUUUCGAGUUAAACUCGUCACUGACUUAUGGAUUUAACACCGUAUUCAAACCGACCCUUUGGCGGUUAAAAUGAACCGCAUCCGUUCUCUGUGUUUGGACAAGAAAUUUUUAUAGAUAAACGUGGACGUGGUACCUCGUGGACUGUAUAAACAACCACCGACAUCUUGCAGAGAGGUAGAUCGAAUUAAACAUUUAAGCUAACACCAACAGAUACCUGCCAGAUUAAAUUGAAUGAGCGAAAACGUUGUGCAGGUACAAAGAUGCAGAAAUUAAGACUUGUACUACUAAUCUGGGCUUUAGUGAUCAUAACAACAGUUACUACAAGAGAAUGGAUAGGUGUCACCAGCACUGUAACACAUAAGCUAGCAAAAGCUAUCAAUAAGUUUGCUCUUCGUCUUUACAUGCAGUUACCAAAAAAUGAAAAUCAUCUAAUCUCUCCUCUGAGUAUCUCAGUAGCCAUGGGCAUGGUAUACCUUGGAGCCAAACAUGAAACAGCACAAGAGAUGGAAUUAGCCCUAGGUUACAAUGAUGAACAACUUUAUAAUGGUGACAUUCACAAAGGUUUCCAAAAUAUUCUUCAUAAUAUAGAAAGAUCUAAAGAAGGAUACGAACUAAUUGUAGCUAACUCAAUGUUUUAUCAAAGUGAUUCUUUGAUACUGAAUUGUUAUAAAAAAACUCUAGAAGAAAUAUAUAAAGCUGAAAUUACGGAAACUGACUUUGCUAAUAAUGGAGAAAAAUCAGUUAAUGAAAUUAAUUCAUGGGUAGACAAGAACACGCAUCAUGAGAUCAAGCAACUUUUUGAAAGUCCUUUGAGUUCUGAUACUCGUUUGGUCUUAGUAAAUGCUGUUUACUUUCAGGGUGCCUGGGUUUCUGAGUUCCUUCUAAAAGAAGGAACUUUCUAUAAUAAUGGACAAAAUCCAAAAUCAGUUCCAUUAAUGUAUUUAAGGCAUGAAGUUCCAUUUGCUUACAUAGAAGAUUUGGAUGCCAAAGUCAUUGAAUUACCCUACAAUGGAACAUACAUUAGCAUGUUUGUUAUUCUUCCAGUCAUGAAAGAUGGAAUUUUAAACUUAGAAAGACGUUUGAGCUCCAAAAUAUUGGAACAAGUCACUGAAAAACUGACAAAAACUACAGUUGAUGUAACCCUACCCAAAUUUACGCUAUCAUAUAAGAAAGAACUUUCUGAGACACUGCAGUCACUUGGCCUAUUAAGCCUAUUCUCGGAAGAAAAAGCAGACCUAUCGGGAAUCAAUGGUGGAAGGGACAUGUUUGUUUCUCAUGUUAAACAUCAUGCUACUAUUGAAGUAAAUGAGAAAGGCAGCAUGGCUACUGCUGCAACAGGUGUUGGUAUUAUUGGUUUUACUUAUCAACCAAACUUUUAUGCACACCAUCCAUUCUUUUUCUUCAUAAAGGACAAAAGGACUGGGAUAAUUUUAUUCACUGGGUGUGUAAAUGAACUCUAAAAAAAUUUCAUUUAUUGAUGUGCUAUACACAAAUAUCGUUAUAAAAUAUUAAUGGUCUUUUAUGUUUUCUUUGUAAUUUUACAUGCAUAGUUAUUAAUUAGUAUUCUUUCAAUCAAGAAACAAGAGAAAAAAAUAUAUAUAUAAUUUAUUUAGAAUACAGAAAAACUUUCAGAAUUUGGUGGGAUUAAUAGAUUUUGUAUACCAAAAUAUUAAAAGUAAUGCUAUGGUUAUCUACUUUUUAUUUUGUAGUGCAUCAUGAUUACAUAGUUUUAAACAUGUGUAAACUUCUCUAGUCUAUGUUCUAAAAAUAUUCCUUUUGUCUUGAUGUAGUUCUUAUGCUCAUGUUGUAUGAACUUGAAUUGCCUACUAUCCAUAAACCAAGAGGCUGAAGCUUAAAAUACCUUAAACAUGAUUUUUUCUCUUUCUUUGAUUCCUCUUUAAAUAAAAGUAUGCAUAAAUUCUAA